GUGAGUCUCAAUCACUCCGGGACGAGAUAGCUUCGAUUUGAUCUCGAGAGGUUUCUAGGUUAAGGAUGUCGAUUUGGGGGUUUCGUCUUAGGGUUGGAAAUCGAGAAGGGGGUUUCGAUUUCUUGGUUAAAAUCGACAUACGGUUUCCUUUUAGGGUUCGUUUAUCGUGGAUAUCAUUUCGAUUUGGGGGUUUCGUGUAAGGGUUCGAAAUCUAAAAGGGGGUUUUAAUUUCUUCGUUUAAAUCAACAUACGGAUUUCUUUCACUGUUCGUUCAUCGUGGAUUUGAAUUGGAUUUGGGGGUUUUUAGUUAGUCUUUCAAAAAAUUUUUUUUUUUUGUUUCUCGGUUGCUUCUGUUCUAAUUAUUUGUUUUCCUGAUACAGAUGGAUCCCGAAGCAGAGAUAAGAGACACAAAGAGAAGAAAGGAGCACAUCGAUAUGCUUUCAUACGUGUGUGAUUCAGAACACAGGAUUCCGACGAGGUGUCCCUGUGGUGGGAGUAUAAUUCACGAGGUUCGUGGGAAGGAGGAAUACGACACUCUCCCCGGCAAGCGUUUCUUCACCUGCAUAAACUACGAGGCUGAUGGUUUUCAUUAUCGUCAGCCUUGGGUCAUUGGUGUGCAGGAGCAUAUCGAACGGCUCACAAGUCGUGUGGAGGAGGUGGAGGCGGUGAUCAAGUGGCUGCCGGAAGUGAAUAAUAAGAUUAAGAGUCUGGAGGUAAUCUGACUUCCCACUUUUGAAUUUUGUUUUGUAAUUUUUUUCUUAUAUUUUAUACAGUGACUAACACCAUCUCAUUGUCAUUUCCUUGUACAGGCAGAGGUAAAAGCCCUCACUGUGGAGGUUGAUAGGCUCACUGGGAAGGUUUAUAACCUGACCGUGCAGGUGGAUCACUUGGAGAAAUGCUGCUUCGACUGAAAACACAAAGGUAACCACACUAUCCCUAGAGUUGUUGCCUAAUGAAUUUGAACUUGAACUAGAGUAGGUUAGAGUAGUAGUAGAAUUUAAACUUGAACUGAACCAGAACUGAAGUAGUUGUGUAGUUAAGUUAAGUGUAAUCAAUUUUUGAAUGGUCUGUGUGAACUUGGAUUUAAACUUCAACUGAACCAGAACUAAAUUUAAACUUGAAAUAAUUAAUUUGAAAACCUGAUUUGAUGUUUAUUGAAUGGUCUGUGUGAAGUAGUUGUGUAGUUAAGUUAAGUGUAAUCAAUUUUUGGUGGUUAGAAGGUGUUUACUUCCUUGUACUUUCAAACCCAAAAGUUGUUUAAAAACCUAGCUAAUCGACAUCUUCAAACAGAAACGAAAACUUAAAAACUUCAAUACUCAACCAAAAUGGAUCCUUUUCCCCUAAACUCUCCCGGCUUUGUUAACAUGCUUACUUCCCAGACCACUCAGCCAAUAGAAAUAGGAUCUUCUGAGGUUCCUAAACCUCCGGAAAGGAGGAAGUGGACAACCAAAGAAGAUUUGGUGUUGAUCAGUGCUUGGUUGAACACCAGCAAGGAUCCAAUAACCAGUAAUGAGCAGAAGCUAGGAGCAUUUUGGAAGAGAAUAGAGGAGUACCUGAAUGCUAGCCCUCUGCUCGUUGGCUCUAUUCCUAGGGAGUGGAGUCAAUGUAAGCAGAGGUGGGGAAGGAUUAAUGAGCAGGUGUGUAAGUUCGUGGGAUGUCAUGAAGCUGCUCUGAAGGAGCAGGCGAGUGGACAUAAUGAGAAUGAUGUCAUGAAGGUGGCUCAUGACAUCUUCUUUAAUGACUACAAAGCCAAGUUCAUUCUUGAACAUUGUUGGAGGGAGCUUCGGUUUGAUCAAAAAUGGAGAUCACACAGUCUGACAUCAAAUGGUGCAAAGGAGAAAAGGAAGGAAACUGCGGAUGAGGUGGGUCGCGAGGAAGAUGUUAGACCUCCCGGAGUCAAGGCUAGCAAAGCAGCAAAACGCAAGAAGCAUGGCAAUGAAGCAGCGUUUGAUCAGAUCAAAACCAUUCUAGCAGCCAAGAAUAUGUUAUCCAAACAGAAAAUACUUGAUAGGUUGCUAGGAAAAAACGCUGAUACACUUACAGAUCAAGAGCUUGCUCUAAAAAACAAACUCAUAUCUGAAUUGCUUUAAGUUGGUGAGUGGUUAUUUAUUUUUUGAAAUUUAUAGUAGGUUGCUAGGAAAUGCAGUGUAUGAUGUUUGUGUUUAAAUCUUUUCCUUGAUGUAUAUUGAUAUUGUAACUGUUGUGCUUUGUAGGUCACGGGUUCAAGGAGGAGGAUGCGUGGAUGGUUGCAGGUCUCUGUUUCUUUAUGUAUCAAAUCAAGUCACGGGUGGUAAUGUAGUAGUAGGUGGUUGUAGUGGUAGGUUAUGUAAGAUGGAAUCACGGGAGAGUGUAGUGUUUUUCAACUUUCUACACUCCUUUUAUGUAUCAAAUCACGGGUAUGUCCCCACGGCUUUGCUUUUGUACUCACGGGUGUAUGUACCCACAUGCUACUUGCUUCAAUGUUUUUCUAUAUAAAUGACUAUGUGUUUCAUUCUAUUUAUCUCAUUCAUGCAUUUUAUCAAAACUAUCUUACCAUCAGCCAUACUUUUAUCUAAACUAUCUCACCAUCUCGUAAUCUCACCAACCAACAACACUACGAGAAUCACCAACCAACACCACGAGAAUCACAACAACAAUCAAACAAGAAUCACCAAUCAACACAAGGAAUCAACUCUACUACUCCUCAACCCCACGGAUCAUCUCUACCAUUCAACAGAGGUAAGUUGAAAACCAAAAAUUUUAAGUAAUGAACACAUCCUUAAAUAAUGAAAUUCUAAAUUCUAUAUUAUCAGAUUUAAAACCAAAAAAGGUUUAUAAUUUACUAAAGUUAAAAACCAAAAAAAAAAGAUUCAAGAGAAAUAAACCGAUUUAUAAUUUUCAUGAAAAUAUUUACUAAGUUUAAGACCAAAAUAAUAUAAAAAAAAACUAAGGUUAAAACCAAAAAAAAAUUGAAGAGAAAUAGAGAAAUAUACUGAUUUAUAAUUUUAAUGAAAAACUUUACUAAGGUUAAAACCAAAAUAAAAUUAAAAAAAAAAACAAAGGUUAAAACCCAAAAUAAAAUUGAAGAGAAAUAGAGAAAUAUACUGAUUUAUAAUUUUAAUGAAAAACUUUACUAAGGUUAAAACCAAAAUAAAAUUAAAAAAAAACUAAGGUUAAAACCCAAAACAAAAGUUUAUUAAAAAAUUCCUCCCUAUUGCCUUUUGUAGGAAAAAUAUUACAAUAAAUAUCAUCAACAAUGUCUUCCUCAUCAAGUGAUGAAGCGGAUGAAGUUUUUGAUGAAUUGGUCGAUGAAGUAGUUGAUAAUUUCAUCGAUACAGUAAUUGAUGGUCAAACCAACAAACCAAAGAGGCGAGCUUAUAUUGAAAGAGAUCGAGAACUAGGACACAUUCGACUAUGCAACGACUAUUUCAGUAAUAAUCCAACGUACACACAAGAUAUGUUUAGGCGGCGGUUUCGAAUGAACAAGCCAUUGUUCCUUCGCAUUGUCGACCGUCUAAGUACUGAAGUUCCGUACUUUCAGCAAAGAAGAGAUGCUACCGGAAGGAACGGGCUAUCUCCACUUCAAAAGUGUACGGCAGCGAUAUGUAUGCUCGCAUAUGGUCAGUCAGGAGAUACAUAUGACGAAUAUCUCCGGAUGGCUGACAGUACAUCACGUUUAUGUUUGGCAAAAUUCACUGAUGCAAUAAUACAAUUGUUUGGGGAUGAGUAUCUACGAACACCUACAGCCGAGGAUCUUCAGCGAUUACUCGAUAUUGGAGAGGUACGGGGAUUUCCGGGGAUGAUAGGCUCCAUCGACUGUAUGCACUGGGAGUGGAAAAACUGCCCAACAGCUUGGAAAGGUCAGUUCACACGUGGUUCGGGAAAGCCGACAAUUGUCUUAGAAGCCGUGGCAUCACAAGAUCUUUGGAUUUGGCACGCUUUUUUCGGCUUACCAGGUACCCUAAACGAUAUCAAUGUUCUUGAUCGGUCUCCAGUUUUUGAUGACAUCUUACAUGGUCGAGCCUCUAAAGUGAAGUUCAAGGUCAACAACCACACUUAUCGUAUGGCCUACUAUCUUACCGACGGCAUUUAUCCUCCAUGGGCAACAUUUAUCCAAUCCAUCCCACUUCCUCAAGGUCGUAAAGCACAGAAAUUUGCAGAAUUGCAAGAAUCCGCCAGAAAAGAUGUCGAACGGGCUUUUGGAGUAUUGCAAUCGAGGUUUGCAAUUGUUAGGAACCCAGCUCUACAAUGGGACAAGGAAAGGAUAGGAAAAGUAAUGAUAGCUUGUGUCAUAUUGCACAAUAUGAUAGUAGAGGAUGAACGAGACGGAUACGCUCCAAUUGAUACAUCUGAGUUUGAGACAGGACAGUCUAGCAGAAGUUCGCAGGCGAGAAGCAGAGAUAGUGUUAAUGUCACCCCUGAUAUGUUAGCCAUGCGGAGAGAAGUUCGAGAUGGCGACAAGCAUCAUCGUUUGAAAGCUGAUUUAGUGAAAAAUAUUUAGCAAAUGUUUGGUGAUGAAGAUGAAUAAAUAAGUAAUGUAUGUUAGAAAAAUUUCUCAAUUUAUGUAAUGUACUUUUAAUGUAUUGAAUAAAAUGUUUUCAUAAUUUUAAUAAUAUGUUUUAAUAUUUUAUUCAUCUUUUCUGAAUAUUUUAAAUUUCUUUUUUUUUAAAUUAAUAUUAUUAUUUUAUUCCUAUGAACUCAUUCUUUGGGUUCACUAAUACAGAAAACAGCAUAUCCGAGUUUAUAACUGUUCAUGGGCCCACGAAAAAAUAAUAAAAAAUGUUGGUGAACCCCAAAGAGGGGUUCACCAAUGCUCAUGCUCUAACAGUGUCUCCAAGGCUCCCACAAAAGGAGAAAGAUAAACAACUUUACGUGGAAUAAUUCACUUUGGAAUAAAUUGUUCUAGUUCUAGUAAAAAAAAAAUUGUUUUAGAAAUAUUUUUUCUACUUUUUGUAUUUAUGUUCUUAGAACUGAACUGAACGUCACAUGGAACUUACGCUCCAUUUGCAAAAGUUGAUGUUGACCUUUUAUAUUUGUCUUGUACGUAUGAGAAGACUGAUAAGAAUACAAAAGCUGAUAAGAAUCAUAAGAGCAUGAUUAAUAGGUAAUUUUUAGAGUGAUCUUUUUUGGAGAAUAUAAAAAAUCGUCUCUGAAUUUUUUUAGUUGUUUUUUUAGAAAAUUGUCUUAGAAAAUUGUUUUUUAUAUUCCGCUAAGAACACCCACAACAGAGGAUGAUGACGAGUCCUUAACAGUUAAUCCUAGGUUAAGAUGAAUAGAAUAAUAUUAUAAAAGCUAAGUAAUCUAAGAUGAUCCCUAAAUAAAGAUUUUAAAGACUUGAUCUUUAGGAACGUGGCACUGUCUAAUCGUCGCUUUACUCAUCCAAAACAGAGUAUCCGAAGCUUUAGCCGUUGAUUUUCAUCCGGGAACUAAGAUUGGGAGAGGGGUUUUGUUUUGGAUGGUGAUGGAAUGCAGGAUCAAAGCAUCCGUGAAAGCGAUAACCGAACAUAUUGGAUGGUUAAUCAUUGUAUCUUUAUUUUUAAUCAAUAUAUCUUUAUAUUUUAUCUUCUAAUAAAUAAAAAUUUAAUUUCACUUUAAAAUAAAAAAUAUUUUUUUUAUUCUUAAAGACUCCUACUCGGAAAUCACCAUUGGACACACCAUUUUUACCAGAAUCCUUAACUAUUCAAACAAAAAAAAUAUAUACUAAAAUAAUGGUAAGGACUCCAAGAAGGAGUCCACCAUUGCAUAUGCUCUAAGAACCUACCCUAAGAACUAGACUCAUAAAACAAAAUGGGCUUUAGAAAGAAAAAGCAUAUAUAAAAGAGACGAAGAGAUACCAAAUCGAAGGCCUAAAAUUUGCAAUUGCUAGAUUCCAGAUAGCUACGAGCAUUGUUCUAUUUAUAUUCCCAUAAUUUCAUUUUUUUCCUUCUAAAAGGCUUUCAUAUUCCCAUAAUUUCAUAUUAUUAUUUCUUAACUUUAUUAUGUCAAUAUAUAAAUUUCUACCCAGUGGAAUAGAUUCAUCAAAAAACAAAAACAAAAAGUGAAAAUGAAGAAUAUAAAGCAGUAAGUUCAAAUUAAUUCGAAGUAGACACUAAGUUACACAGUAAAAAUCAAAUUCAUUUGUAUAUUUAGAGAAAUGGUCUAGGGCUGUACUUCUGUUUAGAGAUUAAUCUGUGCCCUUCCAUAAUUUUCAGAAUAUCCAGUUAAUAAAAAAAAAGAAUCAAACUCAAAAUCAUUUAAACUAACACUAUUAUAAAUUAAUAUGUUACAUAAUCAAAUCAACAAAAAAAAAUAUAAUAACGGUGAUAAUAAAAUACCGUAAGUGUGAACGUAAUCAUAUGUUCCAUGAUUUGAAACAAGAGGAACAAUACAAAAAAUAACGACUAGUUUUCUAUUGUUCUAUUGUUUUGUUCUUAUGAAACUUUUUCUAGCAAAAAUGCAAACAUUAUUUACUAUUCUCUUCAACUCUUAUUUACUUUUUUUUUUUUUUUUUUUUUUUUUUUUUUGAUUAACCUGGGGGUAUCCCAGGCCCAUGGAGAGGCCCAGACUAAUCCCCAAGGGGAGGUGCAGCCCACGGAUAGACCCUCUCUCCGGGUAUUCAAAUGGGCCCAUAUCCGUGUUGGGUGACCAGGAUAAUUGUGACUUAGUUUCGCGCAGCAGGUGGAUCGAACCUGAAACAUGUUGGUGUCUCAGCCCCGUCUCCUUACCACUCGACCACAAUCACCCGGUCAAAGUUUCCUUAACAAGAAAUAAACAAAUGGCGAGUAGGUAGAAGUUAUAAUAUUUUUAGGAGAUUUUUAUAAUAUUUCCUUAACUGAAAUUUCAUUAAUUUUCGCAAAAAAUCAGGUAUUCUUAUCCGUAGAAGGCGACUUCUAAAAGUUUAGAAGAAUGAUAAAAAUUUUGAAUACAUUUUCUACUUUGAGUAGACGUAAGAGUACAUUGUAGAAAACACAUUCCCUAAAAUUUAGAAUACUUUAUAAACGUAGAAAAUGCAUUCGGAAGGAAAGUGGAUACCUUUACGAUUAGUAGAAUGCACAUUCCUCUUUUUUAGAAAUUUAGUAAAUAGUAAAAUGGACGUUCUAAAAGAAGUAGAUGAACGUGUUUAUUUUAGAAAUUGUUUUCUACUAUACUAUUUUAUGUUGAAGACGCAUUCUACUUUUAGUAGAACGUAUCUUAAAAAUCUUAUUUACCAAGUUUUUGAACAAAACAAAAUUACCAACUUGUGUAUAUGGAUGUUUUAUUAAUUUUUUCUAUUUUUAAUAAUUUUUUUGAUUCUCAAAAUUAUUUAUUUCAUUAGUUUUCAGAAAUACAAAGGGUAAAAAGGAGAAAAAAUGGACAAAACUAGUUUUAUACCAAAGGGACAACAACCUGGUUUUUUUAUUCUCUUUUGGCAAUUUUCUCUUUUUUUUUUGAUAACAAAUGCAGUUAAUCUUUACCCUUGUAAUAAAAUAAACGAUGUAAAAGGGGAAAAAAACGAAAAUAGUGUACAGGAGAUAAUUAGAUAAACAUGGUUGGAUAAGGGAUAUGUAGACUGCAAUACGAUCGAUAAAAAAAGUUAUAAAGCAAAAAUAAAAGAGUAGCUCAUUCAAGUUAGACCAAAAAAAUCUGUAAAUUGUUACAUAGCGCACCACAAAAAGAUUUUUUAUUUUUUAUAUAAUUUUUUUAGGGAAAUAUUCGCCAUUUACUCUCCAAUAUACAAUAAGACAAUUUCCAUUUACGUCACAAUCCGAUUAAUAUAUAGUGUUGAGAGGCAUAUACUGUGACAAAAAAAAAGAGGGAACAAAAAAGAGGAGCAUUUGGUAUUUGCAAGGUUCAAUCUCAAGUUCUCAACCGUCGAUUUUAACCUUUCGUAUUUUAAUUCCUUUUACAUUUUAGUUUCGUCUAUAAUGCCAACUCCAUUAUCAUAAGUUAUUGUAGCAUAAAAAAAAAGAAAAAGUUAUUGUAGCAUUAUCAUCAUCAUCAUUUUCUUAUUGUUUAGAUUUAUUAUCAUAUAUGAGUUAUAAAUUGUUUUAUCAACCUUAUUAGUGUGCACAUUUCAGAAUUAAGCAUGACCGGUAAUACUUUCUGGUUUACCCGGUGAGAGGUCGACUAUAUAGUCCGAACACAUUUUCUUACUUUCGAGUUCAUGUAAGGGCAUCAACAUCGCGGUCCCUUAAGGCCCGUCCCUUAAGAUGUUUGGGUCGAAAAUAAAUCAAAAAGAAAAGAAAUUGAGUGGAACGGACCUAAAAUAAGGGAUUGCGGGCUCGUCCCGUGAGGCAACGUGUCAGCUCGAGAUUGGGAGCUUCAAUCUAUCCGACUACCACAAAGUCAGAAGCAUUCAUUAUUUGCUCAAACCCAAGAAGCUGUGCGAAAAGAUGUCGAAUGUGCCUUCGGAGUCCUACAAGUUAGGUUUGCCGUUGUUAGAAAUCCAUCUAAUAUAUGAGAUAAAGAAAAAGUAGGAAAUAUUAUGAGAGGAUGUAUCAUACUCCAUAAUAUGAUUGUCGAAGAUGAACGAUCAUCAAGAACGAAUGAGAACGUUGAUGAAUUUGAAGAAGGAGAUGUGGAAACAUUUUCCGUCAAUAUGCAUUCAACUGUCGGGAGUACACUUGAACGUCGAACGAGCGUUCGGAAUAGACAAGUCCAUCAACAUUUAAAAAAUGAUUUGAUUGAAAAUAUAUGGGCUAAAUUUGAACAUCCUACAAACAAUAUAUAAUUUGUAUUUUCUUUCAAAAAUGUCAUUUUCUUAUGUUUUCUAUUUUCUUUAUUAUGAUGUUUGUAUUUUCUUUCAAAAAUGUAAUUUUCUUAUGUUUUCAAUUUUAAUAUUACAUUUUCUUUUUAUAUGUUUUAUUUAAAAAUUCUUUUUUAUAUAUGUCAUUAAUUAUUAAUUAAAAUAAUAAAUUAAAUUAACUAAGGGACAACAUUAGUCCCACCAAUAAUCAACUAAUUUAGCCAAAUCCCUUACUUUAGUCCCGAAGCAAAAAAUAAUAAUAAUAAAUACUUAAGGGCCCUAAAACAAGGAGUGAAUUACACCCAAGGUCAGUUUCUGACUUUUUAUAUCACUUUAGGUCACUUUCUUAUACUGAGGUAGUUUUUGAUGUGAAAUGACUUAUUUUACCCCUUAAAAAGUGAAACUGGACUUUUUAUUUAGUUACUGAUGUUUUUAUCAGUUUGUUGUUUUGAAUUUUAAAAUAGUUGUUGAGUGGUGGACCCGAGUCAGAAGAUUAAUUCGAUUUAAUAGUUGGAGACGCAUGAUUUCGUUUUCUCAGACAACUAUCUCACUUUAUUUAUCUUUUAUAGUUCAUCUUCACGGUCACCUAGAAAAAAUAGAAGAGUAAAGAAGAGUGAAGAAUUACCGACGACGACGAAAUCAAGUUUCCAACUGCGUUGGCGUUGCUAAUGAAGAUAAAGACGAGACGUGGACGACCCGAGAAAGAGAAAGCCGAUGUUGAGUUGUUUAUUGGCUUGUCUCUUCGUAUGUUUUGCUCAGAUCUUGUUUCUGCCGCAGUAAAUCCAAACUGGUAACUGGAUUUUUGCAGAGUUUGGCGGUUGUGGAAGGGGUGAAUGAGCGAUUGCCUAAGAGACGGUUUGCAUCGAACCACUACCCUAGUCGGAGUUUAGUUUAUGUAUGUUAAUCUGGUUUUUUUAAUAUAUUUAAAGAAUUGCUUAUUUGAAUAUGUGUACAAGCAGUAUAAGCUUUGUUGGUUAUAAAGAAAUAAACUUGGUUGUCUUCUUGGUAACAUCAGCAUUGAUAUUGUAUUUUUUACAUUGUCUAUAUUACAU